AUGCAAAUGGGAGAAGAGAAGCAGAAACCACCCGUCUUCAUCAGCAGCGCAGCACAAGCGCCCUUCUGUUAUCGGUAUCAGCUGUAUGCGCAGCUGCUGCUGCUGCUGCAGCAGCAGCACAGAACACGACAACUGCAACAAAAGCAGCAACUCAACGGCCAACAGCAGCAGCAGCAGCAGCAGCUGCUGCUGCUGCAGCAGCAGCAGCCUGCGAGACCCUUCCCUGCGCUGUAUAGAGCGAUCCCAGAGUCGUUCCGUCUCCAUAUCCCGCAGCAGCAGCAGCAGCAGCUGCUGCUGCUGCAGCAGCAGCAGCAACAGCAACAUGUGCUGCAGCAAGAGCAGCAGCAGCUGCUGCAAGAGUGGACCUUCUCUAUGACCGUCCGCCGCCACAACGACGGCUUGCUGCUGCUGCUGCAGGUGGCUAUCUAUACACCUGGAUUCGUUCGCCUACACAUAUCAGAGCAGCAGCAGCAGCAGCAGCAGCAGCAGCAACAGCAGCAGCAGCAACAACGGAGGCCCUUUGCCUCUGAAUUUGUUCUCGAAGAGCAGCAGCUGCAGCAGCAACUCAUCCGCUGCUGCUGCGUGCAGCAGCAAACAAACCAAACCUUCAUCACCGCAGCAUGCGUGCCCCCUACGCAGGCAGCAGCAGCAGCUGCAGCAGCAGCAGCUGCUUCUGCUGCAGGGGUGGAUGCCCAAGGAGGUGAUACAGCAAGCACAGCAGCAGCAGCAGCAGCCGAAGCAUCAGCAGCAGCAGCAGAAGCAGCAGCAGCAAUGCUUGACUGCAGCGCUAGCGACGCCCUGGGCCCCGACUGGGUGCCCGCCGUGCAUACCAGCUCAGCAGCAGCAGCAGCAGCAGCAGCAGCAGCGCCAGCAGCAGCAGCAGGAGCAGCAAAACCUGGAGCUGUUGCAGCAGCCCACCAGCGUGGCAGCACCACGGGGUGUGACAUUGAGUGUCUGGGCAGCAGCUGCAGCAGCAAGAGCGAGCAAAACAGCAGCAGCAGCAGCAGCAGCAGCAGCAGCAGCAGCAAUUUGUUUCAGCUCGGUGUCUGCGUGCAGCAUGUGCCCUUUGCGGUGUCUGUACACCUCAACGGUAGAGAGCUGCAGCGCCUCAACGCGCAGCAGCUGCUGAACUGGGAGAGCAGCAGCAGCAGCAGCAGCAGCAGCAGCAGGCAGUCCUCUGCUGCUGUUGCUGCUGCUGCUGCUGGUGCUGCAGCAACUCAGAAGCACCAGCGACAGCAGCACCAGCAACAACAGCACCAGACACAGCAGCAACAGCAUCAUCAGCAGCAACAAAAGCAUCAUCAUCAGCAGCAACACCAACAGGAGCAGCAGCAGCAGCAGCAGCAGCAGCAACAGCAGCAGCAGCAGCAGCAGCAGCAGCCACGCGACCUACUGGAGGUUCUUGCAGCGAAAGGAAUUUCCUUAGAAAGUUGGCUGUCCACAGGAGGUGCAGCAGCAGCAGCAAAAGCAGCAACAGCAGCAACAGCAGCAGCAGCAGCAGCAGCAGCAGCUUCAGACGUAGCAGCAGAGGACGCAAGAGAAAUAGCAGCAGAAGCAGCAGCAGAAGCAGCAACAGCCAAGGCAGCGGCUUCGCAAGCAGCAGCAGAAGCUGCAGCAACAGCGACAGCAGCAGCAACAGCAGCAGCAACAACAGCAGCAACAGCAGCAGCAGCUGCAGCAGCAGCAACCAAAAAGGCAACGGCUAACGAGGCCGACAUCAAGCGAAGAAAAAGAGAAGCAGCAGCAGCAAGUACAGCAGCAACAGCAGCAGCAGCAGAAGCAGCAAGUGAAGCAGCAGCAGCAGCAGAAGAAGCAGCAGCAACUGCAGCAGCUGCAGGAGCAGAAGCAACAGCAGCAAGAAACACAGCAGCAGCAGCAGAAGUAGCAGCAGCUGCUGCUGGGGCUGGAGCAGCGAUAGGAGCAGCGGCAUCCGCUGAGCUCGCAGCAGCAGCAGCAACUGCAACAACAGCAGCAGCAGCAGCAGCAACAGCAGCAGCAGCAGCAGAAGAGUUUGUCAGCACUAAACUAAAAGAUGCGCUUGAUGUGGCCAGGGCUCCUGCUGCUGCUGCUGCUGAGUUUGCUGCUGCUGCUGCACCUGCUGUUGCUGCUUUUCUUCGUCAAGAGGAGCAGCGAGACAUUCCGUAUGAGCAGCAGCAGCAGCUGCAGCAGCUGCUAGGGUUCCCGCUGCAGCAGCUGCUGCAGCAGACAGAGGAGCUGCAGCAGCAAUCCGAGCAGCAGCGGCUGCUGCGCUGCUGCAGCAUUGGCUGCGAUACACAGCAGCACAGCAGCGCAGCAGCCUCAGCCUUCGCUCUAGUAAACCCCACUGAUACUUUCAUUCAACUGCUGCAGCAGCAGCAGCAGCAGCUGCUGCAGCAGCAGCAGGAUAUGCAGCAGCAGCAACAGCAGGAUAUGCAGCAGCAGCAGCAGCAGCAGCAGGAUAUGCAGCACCGGCAGCAGCAGGAUACACAGCAGCAGCAACAGCAGCAGGAAAUGCAGCAGCAGCAGCAGGAUAUACAGCAGCAGCAGCAGCAGCAACAGCAGCAGCAGCAGCAGCAGCAGGAGGACGAGUAUGACAAAUGCAUGCAGCUUUGGGGCUGGCAGCAACCCCACCAAUAA